AUGGCACAACGUAAUACUCGUUCUUCUACUACCUUCAUACCACCUAGUGAAGGCACUCAUCCUCCAGCCCGAGUACGUCGCUCAGCUGCAGAAGUCCAAGCUGAAAAGGAAGCAAAGCAAAAGGCGAAGGAGGCUGAUGCUACUGCAAAGCAGGAGCAGGCUGAGGCAAAAUUAGCAGCGAGAAGGGAGCAGGCUGAGGCAAGGGCAGCAGUGAGGAAGGAACUGGCCGAUGCGAAGGCAGCAGAAAAACGAGAGCAAGCUGAGGCGAAGGCAGCAGCAAAAAAGAGGCAGGCUGAGAUGAAGGCGGCCGCAAAAGAGGAACAGAGUCAGGUGAAGGCAGCAGCAAAGAAGAAGGGCCAGACUCGUGUUGCACAGCUUGAAGACAAGAUGGCCAUGGAGGAUGCCCAACGCGAAGUGACACGUGUGGGGAUGGCCAACCUGAAGAGGUCACGGAAGCCUCGUCACGAGACACCGUCCACUGUUGCAGAUGAAGGAAACAAGGUGGACGAAACUGAUCAAGGGUCUGUCCUCACUGACCUCGAUGCAAGCGAUAAUGAUCGGCCCAAGAAGAAGUCUAAGAAGAACAACUUCAGUACCCGAGAAGCGAUCAAAAACAUACGCAAGCACCAGGAUAUGUCUAUGAUAGUGGAACAAUCCGAGGAUGAAGAGAAGACACCUGCCGGGCCUGAUGCAGAUGACAGGCGCCGCGUGGCAGAGCCCGAUGAAGCUGAGAAAUCAGAUAACGAAGAGGAUAUUGCUGUUGCCGCUGGGGCGAUAAAGAAUUGGGCAGUCAACGUCUCUACAUGGGGUGUUCAGUCUAGGACCAGGAUUCAACCCAACAGCACUUACAGUCACACCAUGGAUGCCACUGUUUCCCGGCGCACUAAACCUGUGUCGUCAGAAGUACAGGUAUCUAAAAAAUCCAAAACAUCUUCAGGUAAAAUUGCAGCUGCACGCACAAAGGAGGAAAAUACUGUCAAUCCUAGGGGUAUCCUUAAUGAUGACGAUCUCGAUGAAGAGGUGGAACGGUAUGCAGCUUUAUCUAGUCCGAUCAAAGGUGCUGGAACACGAGUUCGAAACGAUGACAUUGUCAAGUUCGAGAAUGUGCAUGUCGCAGAGGUCAUUGAAUUGUUGGAUAAUGGAGAUACCUCAAAGGCGAAGAAUAAGAGGACCACUUCUGCGACGACGGUUAAGAUCGAAAAUGUUGACCAUCAGCUUCCUCGACCAAGCAAAGCAAUACAAUCAAAGCCAAGGCUGAACGCUGAGGCGACUCCAAUGGAAGUCGACGAUGAUGACUCAGAGGUUGAUGUCAAGUACAAGCCUCGUAAGGUGAAAAUAGGAAAUGAGGGGUUCACAACUUCCGACCUGCCAAGGGGUGCAGCACGGGGCAACCGUUGGCGCGGUAUGUUCGUACCGACUUUCCAGGAAUAUAUCGGCAGUCUCAGAGACCCCUGGCUACUUGAUGACUCUGAGAUCAUUGUGGUUCUUCAAGCUAUAUGGGACGCGGUCUACAAGUUUGAUAUACAGUAUACGGUAGACACCGAUGGUCCUGUGUUUGCGCUGGCAAUGCAACGUGUGUAUGAGUAUCGGAGCGGUUUUGGUUCUAGCGCCAUGAAUCAUCUUGAGAGCAUCUUCAAAUCCAGUAAACUAUACCGGGAUUCUCUUGAUGAACAUGCAAAAUUUGCGCGGGCAAUGCUCUCCAAACUUCGAUUUGCAUGGGAGAAUGCUGACAGCAAUGAUCAAUCAAAAUUCAAAGGCCUCUUCUGCGGAGUCCUAGUCUUGAAGACGCUUGCUUGGCACUACACAUCCAUCAACAAUCAUGCCGUGCACGUUCCUGGGCUAUACAACAAUGAAGACCAUGUUGGGAUUGUUGGUGCAGUGGCAUUGGCGACUGCCGCGGUUGAACGUAUCUUGGUACUUUGGAAGACCCAUAGCAUCAUGCUGGAGGGCGGGAAAUCGGUCAUCCUGAAAAAGCUGAAUCCGACCACAGGCAAGCUGUCGCGCAAGUCCACGCUCUUUAGUGAUGCGAACUAUGGAUCCAAGACUCGCGAAUACGCACAGUCAGCUGCUAACCUCACCGCAGCAAGAAUGGUCAAGGUUGUCGAGAAGGCGCGUGAUUAUGCGAGAGUGGAUUCAAGCAGCCAGAAUCCAAUUGACAUCUCCGACGAGGACAUGUCAGACGUUGACCGCGCAAACCUUGUGGAAGUGGACUCUGACUAA